UUCUUCCCCCCUCCUUUCUCUUCUCUCUCUCUCUCUCAAUCUUUUCCAUCUUUCUAUUUACCAAACUCACUUCCCUUUUCACACCAAACUCUCUUUCUAUUUCUCUUUCUCUCUCUCUUCUCAACUCCAAUCCAACCCACUUCAUUAAUCACUCCAAUUACACCCAUUUGUCCCACAUUUCUACACUUCUCCUUUAAAUCAUCUCCUUGUUUCCUAAUGUAAUUUCCCAAAAUCACAAUCAUUUUGCUUCAGGUUCCAGGGACAUAAUAAACCUUAACUUAACCAACUCUUCCAAAUUCAGUUCCUUUCUGUUGUUUCCUCUUUCUGUCAUUGAUCUCCCAAUGGAAAAUCAGUUCUUUAUCAAUUCUGGGCUGUCACAAACACAGCAUCCCCUUCACUUUGAACCUUCACCACCACCACCACCACCUUCUUCUUCUUCAGUGCCCUCUUGGCAAUCACUCUCACCCACCAUGGGAAUUCAACCAACACUUCUGAAUUGUGCCUCUGAGCAGACCCAUGAUUGCUUUUACAACCCCAAUUGGGAAAAAUCAACAGAUCAUGCACUUCACUUUGAUUCCUCAGCACUCAGUUCAAUGGUCUCGUCUCCUGCGGCAUCAUCCAACCCCAGCAGCAACAUGUCCAAUGAUAAUUUCAUCAUCAGGGAAUUGGUGGGGAGAUUGGGAGCUAUUGGGAGUUCUGAUGAGAUCCCACAACACUCUCCUCACCCUUUGGUUGUGGCCUCUUCUUACAUGAAUAAUGGCAGUGGCAGCCCCAAUACUUCUUGUUACACCACUCCUUUGAGUUCCCCUCCAAAGGUGAAGACUGUGCAGAGCUUGGUGAAUGAGAGGUUGGCAAAUUUGGGAGGAAAGUCAAUUACUUUGAAUUCCAGUGUGGCCGAAUUCUCUGCUGACCCUGGUUUCGCGGAGAGGGCUGCAAAGUUUUCUUGCUUUGGUAGCAGGAGUUUCAAUGGUAGGAACGUCCAAUUGGGGGUGAACAAUGGUGAAUUGGCUCAAAGAUCUGCAUCAGUGGUGGAAAAUGGUGGAAAGUUAUCUAGAAUCUCAAGUAGUCCUUUGCUCAAGACACUCGGAUCUCAAAUGGGUACCGCAGAGAACAAGAAUUCAGCAAUUCGGGACCAGGAGAAAGAUGAGGUUGCCAAUUCUCAAGAGGAAUCUACCAUAUCUGAGCAGACACCAAAUGGAGAAAUUGGGAUGAAAAAUUGCCAAGAUAUGACGAAUUCCAGGAAAAGAAAAGCAUCUUCCAAAGGAAAAACUAGAGAAACUUCUAACUCCAUCAAGGGUGUUGAAGUCAGUGAGGAUUCAAAUUCAAAGCGAACCAAGCCAAACGAGGGUGAGGGAAACGAAAAUGGACCGGUGAAGGUUGAGGAAGAGUCCAAAGCAGUGGAAGAUAAACAGAACAAAAGCAACUCAAAACCUCCUGAGCCACCAAAAGAUUACAUUCAUGUGAGAGCAAGAAGAGGCCAAGCCACUGACAGUCAUAGUCUUGCAGAACGUGUACGGAGGGAGAAAAUCAGUGAGAGGAUGAAGCUGCUCCAAGAUCUUGUACCAGGUUGCAACAAGGUCACUGGAAAAGCACUUAUGCUAGAUGAAAUUAUAAAUUAUGUUCAGUCAUUGCAGCGUCAAGUUGAGUUCCUAUCUAUGAAGUUGGCUUCUGUUAACACAAGGAUGGAUCUUAGUAUUGACAGCCUUGUUUCAAAAGAUGUAUUUCAAUCUAAUAAUUCUUUGGCAACACACCCAAAUCCAACAUUCCCUCUAGAUUCCUCAGCACAAGCCUUUUAUGGGCACCAGCAUCAGCAAAACCCAGUUAUCCAUAAUAACAUACCUAACAGAACGGUGACCCACUGCUCAGUGGACCCAUUAGACACAUCUUUGUGCCAAAAUCUUGCAAUGCAAUUACCCCCCCUAAAUGGGUUUAAUGAAGUUGCCUCUCAGUUUCCAUUAACAUUCUGUGAGGAGGAUCUGCACACCAUUGUGCAGAUGGGGUUUGGGCAAACUACAAACUGGAAAACACCAAUUCAAUCCCCAAGUUUCAACGGUUCAAAUAAUGUACCCCAGAUGAAAGUUGAGCUCUGAUCAGUGAAGACUCACCCUUCAUUACACCUCCAUUGAAGCCCAGAAGAUUAAGAAAACUGCUGUAUACAACAACAACAAAAGAUUUAUUAAGCCAUCAUAUUCAACAGAACCCUUUCUUUUUUUGUCUUUUGUUUUCUCAAUUUUUUACCCCUCUUCUCCCUUUCAAUGAUUCCAGUUUCUUAUCUUCUGGGGCAGGUCUUUUCCAAUAUUUUUUUCCCCUUACAAUUAUUCACUGUAAAAUCUUAGGAAGAUUCUGUAUUCUGUGGUGCAAAUUCUUAUUAUUAUUCUGGCACCAACUGUAAGAUAUAUGGCUAAUUAAACAAAGACUUUCUACCA